AUGAGAAACCGCACAGUAACAACAUUUAUCCUCCUGGGACUGACUGAUGACCCAAAGCUGAAAAUUCUGAUCUUCUUCUGUCUGUUUCUCACCUAUCUGCUGAGUAUAACUGGAAAUCUCACAAUCAUCUUUCUCAUCUUUAUAGAUUCACACCUAAAAACUGCCAUGUACUUUUUCCUGCAAAAUUUUGCCUUCUUAGAAAUCUCAUUUACAACUGCUUGCAUUCCCAGAUACCUAUACAACAUCUCAACAGGUGACAGGACAAUUACAUAUAACAACUGUGUCUCUCAAUUAUUUUUUACUGAUCUUUUUGGUGUGACAGAAUUUUUUCUCCUGGCUGUUAUGUCCUAUGACAGGUAUGUAGCCAUCUGCAAACCCUUGCAUUAUGUCACCAUCAUGAACAGCAAGAUCUGUAAAAGGCUUAUCUUCUGUUGCUGGGCAGCUGGCUUGUUGGUGAUCCUGCCACCACUUAGCCUGGGUCUCAAUUUGGAAUUCUGUGACUCUAAUGCUAUUGACCAUUUUGUCUGUGAUGCAUACCCUCUCCUGAAGAUCUCAUGCACAGACACGUGGCUCAUAGAGCAGAUAGUGAUAGUUUGUGCAGUGCUGACAUUUAUCAUGACCCUUGUGUGUGUAGUUCUUUCCUAUGCAUACAUAAUCAGGACCAUCAUCAACUUCCCUUCUGCCCAGCAGAAGAAAAAGGCCUUUUCUACCUGCUCUUCCCACAUGACUAUGGUGUCCAUCACUUAUGGCAGCUGCAUCUUCAUCUACAUCAAACCAUCAGCAAAGGAUUCAGUGGCUGUCAACAAGGGUGUGAUAGUGCUGACCACUUCCAUUGCCCCCAUGCUGAACCCUUUCAUUUACACCUUGAGGAACAAGCAAGUCAAACAGGCCUUCCAUGACUCAGUUAAAAGAAUCACAUUGUUCUUUAAGAAGUAG